GCAUGCGCACUACCCUGACACUCAUUUGGCGACGUGUACCCGGUGUGUGAAAGAGUUCAGGUAUCUCUCCUCUGCAGGGUAACAAGCUGCCAUAAAAACCUAAACAGCCUUAAGAGAGGAGAACUAUGGGAGGUGCGCAGAGUGUGGAGAUACCGGGAGGAGGCUCCGAGGGCUACCACGUCCUCCGGGUUCAGGAGAACUCACCUGGACACCGCGCAGGACUGGAGCCCUUCUUUGACUUCAUCGUCUCCAUCAAUAACACAAGACUGAACAAGGACAACGACACCCUGAAAGACCUCCUGAAAGCCAGUGUGGAAAAACCAGUUAAGAUGCUGGUCUACUCCUCAAAGACCCUGGAGCUGCGGGAGUCCACAGUCACCCCCAGUAACCUGUGGGGGGGUCAGGGCUUGCUUGGUGUUUCCAUCCGUUUCUGCAGCUUUGAGGGAGCCAAUGAGAAUGUUUGGCAUGUGCUGGAAGUGGAGCCUAACUCCCCGGCUGCUCUGGCUGGCUUGCGGCCGCACACUGACUACAUCAUCGGAGCUGACACCGUCAUGAACGAGUCAGAGGAUCUGUUCUCUCUGAUAGAGAGCCACGAGGGGAAAGGACUGAAGCUCUACGUGUACAACACAGACACUGAUAACUGCAGAGAGGUGAUCAUCACACCCAACGGUGCCUGGGGAGGAGAGGGAAGCCUUGGAUGUGGGAUUGGUUAUGGAUACCUUCACAGGAUUCCCACCAGACCCUUUGAGGAGGGAAAGACGAUCAGCUUCCCCGGAAACUCUCCCAGUGAGCCUCUCAGCCCGCUGAAGGACGGAUUCACUGAGGUGCAGCUGUCUGCUGUGACCCCUCCACCUACUGCGCCUGCUGUCUCCACUGGCCUUGAGGAUUCACUGACGGGCCUGUCAAUCAGCACAGCCCCACCCACCAUGCCCAGCGAGCUGCAGACAGGUCUGCCCACAGUCCCCCUGCUCCCCUCCUCCAGCAGCCCCUCCCUCAGCCCACUCACUCCACUAAAUCCUGUCACCACCACCACCUUUAACCCCUCCGCCACGCUACCAGGUCUGAUGCCCCUCCCGGCCGGUUUACCUCCACUCCCUAACCUGCCCAACCUCAACCUGCCGCUCCCAGACCUCAGUGCUGUGUCACUAUCAGGCGGCACCUUACCAUUAGGAUCCACAGUCCCCUCUCUAGCAUCUCUCCCACCCUUCAACAUCCCCGGUCUUGCCCCAUUACCCCCUCUACCCACCAUGCUGCCCUCCCAGUUACCCCCUCUUCUCCCUCAGGGAAUCGCCCCCCUCCUCCCCCUCUCCUCCACCGCCCCCACAGCCUCCGUCACAGUCACAGCAGCUCCUGUCCUCGAGCCUGUCACCACCGACCCCGCAGUCCCUACGGAAGUCGCCUCCACAAACGUCUCCGAAACGCCCGCCCCAACAGAAACAUCGGUAUCAUCGUAACCUGGGAAAACCAGAGCCCAUCUACCAUCAAACCAAAACACACACCUGGUUUUCUUUCUUUCUCCCGUCUGUCUUUCUCUCUGUUUUUCUAUUUAUUUGGCUGAGAGGGACAGACAGACAGCUGCAUUAGUCCACACACGCACAGAGGUCAGAGGGCUCCAGAGGAAGCUUGUGUGGGGCGAUGAAGACGAUGAGGAUGGACGCAGACCGCUCUCCCUUCAUGUCUUUGUGACAGAUUGUCACGAAGCGAUGCUAAGCUACUGUUUGGACGAGGUCUGCUCUUUUUCUGUGGUGUGGCGUCGCACUUCUGCAGUCACAAUAGGUCUAAAAACUUUCUUAGGGUUUCCUUCUUCUCUGAUUUAACAUAAUGUCUGUUUCACAUGCUUCAUUUAUGUUCUUUUUUAUAAACAGUGUAUGUUAACACAGCUGGACAAAAAAUAUUGGAUGAAGUGUGUUUCUACCAAAAUCAUUAAUUCCUUUAUAAAAACUAAAAGAACAAGUCAGAACAGAGAUAUCAGACUGGACAUAAAAGAAAACAAGAUACCAUGCACUGCUGUAAUGAAACAAAUAAAGAUAAAUAGAAAUACAAUUCAUAUUUUUUUUUUCCCUUCAUCCAGCCCAGAUGUGUAUCUCUUUUGUUCUUACACCCCGUGACCAAUACAUGUAUCUGAUUCUGAAUUAAUUCUGUUAAUUUACUGUAUGAAAGUCUCCACCAGAUGAAUGAAUCUGCAUUAUUUUGCACCGCCUUUUUUUGUGUUUGAAAUGAUUAGUCUGUCUCUUUUGUAUGUGUCCAUGUUAGUCCAGAACUCUACAGUUCAUCUCUAUAACACAGAUCUGUUUCAGCCUGGAGGCCAGGCCUAAGGGAGACAGGUUUUCUGACACAUGAGCUACUGAGUGAAGUGUAAAUUAGUGACUAAAUCCGCAGUAUGUCUCCUCCUGGUUAGGCUGGAGCGAUAUGGUAGUGAUGCAGUUCAGCCACAAGGUGUCACUGUUAAGGAACUUUAUGAGAACAUAUACAGGACUCACAGUGCGAGCAAUAAAGCCAAAUAAAUUUUA